CCCACCAUCAUGGGCAGUGCUUACCACUGGGAGGCCCGGCGCAGGCAGAUGGUUUUGGACCGGAGGAGGUGGCUUGUGGCCGAGCACCAGCAGCAGCAGCAGCAGGAGCAGGUGCAUGAGAAGGAGCUGAAGAAACUCCAAGAGGAGGAAGGCCAAUCUGAGAAAAGACCCCAGCCCCCUCAGGGGUCGCGACAGGAGCAGCAGUUGUCACUGCCGCUGAGGCCACCAGGAGCGCCACCAGAGCUGCAGGCGCCCCCCGCCCAACCGCAGCCUCCCCGACCGAAGCUCCUGGAGCAGUCACAGACCCCACCCGUGCCACCGCCGCCUCAGCCAAGGCAACAGAAUGCCCAAGACCCUCUGACUCCGUGCACGUCUGUGCACAUUCUGCAGGAUUCCCAAAAGCCAGGUCCCCAGCUUGGCUCAGUAGGGACCCAUCAAGCUGGAGGGCAAUCCGACUUUAACAGAUUCCCAGGAGGAACAAAACUCCCUCAAGGCGCUAGUUUCAGGAACUCAUUCCAGUCAAAUCCAGAUAAAUACACUGAGCACUCACGAUUCACGUCAACGAAUUACACACAGCAGUGGUGACCCAGAGAGAGACCCUCAACCCCACUGGCCAUGAGCAGAAAAACAGAUGACUUCUUUCUCACCCCCAGCAUCUCCACUCCAAGUCACCCCCUCCUGAUCCACUCUAGAAGAGGAGCUAGCCUGGAAUAAAAUGUGAUUUCCUCCUAAAAAGAAUCAAGAGACUGGUCAGCUCUGUGAGACUGGGAUGAAGGGAAAGGGGAAUGAGGACCCAUGAAGGGGAUGGAGCGGGUGGGAGAA